CCUAUAGCUAUAUAGCUAGCCAGCCAGCCAACUUGUUAUAUUAAUCCUUCCAUUUCCAUUCGCUCUUGAUGGCUGAUCAGCCAGUACACGGAGAUCAUUGCACGUCCGAAAGCAGAAGAAAGGGCACAUCCGGCGGUGCUGGAAGGCCUACUUCUAACACAGAGGCGGCGGCAACGACAAACAAUUCUAGUACAAGCAGUACAGUAGUAGUAGGUGGUGCAGCUCCAUGUGGAGCCUGCAAGUUUCUGAGGAGGAAGUGCAUUAGUGGGUGCAUAUUUGCACCCCAUUUUGGUUCAGACCAAGGAGCUGCACGCUUUGCAGCGGUGCACAAGGUGUUUGGGGCAAGUAAUGUGUCAAAGCUUUUGUUGCACAUUCCCUUGAACCGCCGCCAAGAUGCCGUCGUCACCAUUUCUUAUGAGGCUCAAGCUAGGCUCGCUGAUCCCGUCUUUGGUUGUGUCUCAACCAUUCUUGCUCUGCAACAACAGGUUGCAUCUUUGCAAGCCGAGCUUGCAAUGGUGCAAACUCAGCUGAUAAACAGUAGAUUUGCAUUUGCAAAUGCCCUUCAGAUCAGCUCCCAGCAGCGGCAGCAGCAGCAGCAACAACAGCAACAACAACAUGAGCAGCAGCAGAACAUGGCUUUGAUGUUGCAGCCUGCCUACUCCAACAACUCCUCUGCUUCCACUAAUCUCAUCAACAUGUGCAGCUUCACCUCUAAUUUUGACCUUGCAGCCGAGACUGCGCCAUCUUCACAAAGCCACCCUCUUCAGCUUUCAAGGCCAUCCCAAGACGAAGAAGAUGACGAGGAAGAGAGUCAAGUUCCCCUCAUGUUCGCCAAUGAUCGAUACACUUGAAUAAUAAGAUAAUAACUCAAUGCAUUCCGUGUUUCUUUCCUUAAUAUUUCUCUCUUUACAAUUGCUUGUAUGUAGCUUCUCUAUCCAUGAUCAUUAUCAUAAAACUAUACUUCUUUUCUUCUCCCCAAUCUAUAAUAUACGUUUACGUUACCUCCUAUCCGAACUUGUCGUCCUUCUGCUAGGGCAAAUAUAUAGUCAAAUGAUUGUAGGUCAAUCAUACAUGCAGAGAGAUUAACGUGGCUAAAUAUAUUGUUCCUAACUUUCUUAUUUGCAUUACUGAGGUUAG